CGAACCGCCCUCCUCUUCUUCUUCUUCUUCUUCUACUUCUUCUUCCUCCACUCAACGACCCCGCGUGAGCCGAGCGAGGUUUUCCAACCAGGGAGAUGAUGGCUGCGUUGGACCGCUCUAAGUCUCAUGUGUGACGGCGCCACCAGCACGCUCCUCCAUCACAAUGGUCGACAUAGAGAGCCACUACCAGCCCCCAUCUCCCCUGGAGGACUCCGUGCUGGAUGGCCCCCUGUGUGGUGAUGACGAUUUCAUGGGCAGCAUGGAGGCGCUUCAGGACAUCCCCUCAUCCAUUGACGAGGACGCCCUCAGCUCCCUCGACGUCCCGGAAUACCAGUCCUCCCACAAUGGGUCUGAAGGCUCCAGUAUCCUAGACACUUUGACACCGGCGUCCAGCCCGUCCUCCGUUGUUUGCGGGAUGGCUCCUUCCCAGGAGGAGCUCUUAUCCUCCUCCUCCUCGCUCAAUCUGGAGUGCCGUGUGUGUUCUGACCGGGCCUCGGGUUACCACUACGGCGUUCACGCCUGCGAGGGCUGCAAGGGUUUCUUUCGGCGGACCAUCCGUCUGAAGCUGGAGUACGACAGGUGUGAGCGCCGCUGCAAGAUCCAAAAGAAGAACCGCAAUAAGUGCCAAUACUGCCGUUUCCAGAAGUGCCUGGCCGUGGGCAUGUCCCACAACGCCAUCCGGUUCGGCAGGAUGCCCCAGUCGGAGAAGCUGAAGCUGAAGGCGGAGAUGGUGACGGGGGAGAGGGAGGUGGUGAACCCCCAGCUCGCUGACCAGAAGACGCUGGCCAGGCAGAUAUACGAGGCCUACCUGAAGAACUUCAACAUGAACAAGGCCAAGGCUCGGACCAUACUCACCGGAAAGACCAGCAACCCUCCGUUCGUGAUUCACGACAUGGAGACGCUGCAGCUGGCGGAGCAGACGCUGGUGGCCAAGAUGGUCGGCUCGGCGGGGUCCCUCAAGGACAGAGAGGCCGAGGUCCGGAUUUUCCACUGCUGCCAGUGCACAUCGGUGGAAACCGUCACGGAGCUCACCGAGUUCGCGAAGUCCGUGCCGGGCUUCUCGAGCCUGGACCUGAACGACCAGGUGACGCUCCUGAAGUACGGCGUGUACGAAGCGCUCUUCGCCAUGCUCGCCUCCAGCAUGAACAAAGACGGCCUCCUCGUGGCGUACGGCUCGGGGUUCAUCACCCGGGAGUUCCUCAAGAGCCUGCGGCGGCCGUUCAGCGACAUGAUGGAGCCCAAGUUCCAGUUUGCCAUGAAGUUCAACGCGCUGGAGCUGGACGACAGCGACCUGGCGCUGUUUGUUGCGGCCAUCAUCUGCUGCGGAGACCGACCAGGCCUGGUGAACGUGUCGCACAUAGAGGUGAUGCAGGAGAGCAUCGUCCACAUCCUCCAGCUCCACCUGCUGGCCAACCACCCCGACGACUUCCUGUUCCCCAAACUGCUGCAGAAACUGGCCGACCUGCGGCAGCUGGUCACGGAGCACGCGCAGCUGGUGCAGGAGAUCAAAAAGACAGAGGACACGUCCCUGCACCCGCUCCUGCAGGAGAUCUACAGAGACAUGUACUGAGGGACUGCAGCAACCAGCCGACAAACAGAAACAAAACCGUUCAGAGAAGACACGGAGCUCUCCGUUAAGCUGGGGUUCAACCACUUUGAGCCGCGCCGUCUCCGACGCGCGGAAUUCGCUUCUGGCUUCCGGUCAGCUUGAAGGAACUUUUCUCUGGCGGCCGGGUUCCUUUGGUUGGUCUGGCUUCUCACCACUCCACCGCUUGGAACCUUCUGAGACCGAAAAAAAAAAAAAGAACUAGAUCAGAUGUGAAACACCGUCUGAUUAAAGCCACUUUGUAGAAAUCUGUGUAGCAUUUCUGACCAAACUCAGCUAUUAACCUACGGUGAGCCCUGAAAAGGAGACGGGGAACUCGAUGAUUGCCACUCCAGUUGUGCGUUUCGAAAAGAGAUAUUUAUACUGAUGUUAGAGCCGUAUAAUGUCAGCCUCAAUUAAACCACCUCGACCUGGCAGCGACUAAAGAAGCUAUUUGGUUUUCCUGCUGCUUCAAAGCCAUCCAGCAUGUUCUUCUUCAUACAACCGGACACAUCCGAGGAGUCGCCAAACGUACGAACGCAAUUGCAAGCGGAAUUGUGAUGACCGGGUUUUGACUUGAAAAUGCAUCUUGUUGCACAGCGUAAGCACAAACUUGUCUGUGAUUUGUUCACAAAUGUCUGAGCCGUUUUCCUAACAAAAACGCACGCUCAGAUGUUUGGCACUCUGUCCCGCGCUGAGAGCUCGUGAUUUACUUGAGCCGCACUAGAAUCUCAACAGCAACUCGCCUAAAUAUAGAAAUUUAUGUUUUCUUUUAGUUUGUGUCACAUUGCCUCAGCUCCAGCGUUUUCUGUGUUUUCACAAAGAAACCCAGCUAUGUUUUUUUCUUUAUGUAGUCUUUAUACAAAUAUCCAAUCAGUUUAUCAGCAGUUUUUCAGCCGUUUGUAGCCUAUUUCAUAUUUUUGAAAAUCUGCCAAUACCGAUUUUUUUUUUUUCGUCAACAUUUUUUUUUAUGGUCAUAGAAAAGAUGCCAUCGCAUCAGUUUUUCUAUUAUUCUCAAAGAAGGACAAAAUGAUGACAGAGUUAACAAUUAACUUUAUUUUAACUUUGCGUUAGCCAUUAGCAUGACUAGCAUUAACUUAAAGAGUGCUAGCUUGUCCUGGUUGCGCCACCGUACGAGUUUACUGUGCGUAAAAAGCCCGGAGCCCAAUCAGCGGCGGUCCAGCCAGAAAUCAUCCAGUCCCAGUCGUAACCCAGUGUUGCAAGUGGGUUUAUGAAAAGGCAACUCUCGUAUUUUGCUGUCAUCCAACCAUUUGUAUAAGAAGAACAUGCGAGCUUAGGCACCAGAAGGAAGGGAAAUAUCUGCUUGGAUUUUGUGACAUAAAAACACAUGCAGAAUAAUAUGAGAAGCAUAUAAUCAUCUGUUUGAUAUCCGGCCAGGAAAAACAAAACACCCCUAUAAAUACCAUGAAAUUAUUUAGUCUACCUUGAUUAAAAAUCAGAAUUUUUUAAUGAGGAUUACGUGUCUUUUGACGCUAUAAUUUUACUAAACAGGACGGGCAAAGUUAUCUCCAGCUCUUCACAAGUCAAAUUAGUGUAAUUAGUUUCAAUCUCUAUGUAGCGUCUGUCGGAUAAGGCAUUUCCAACAAGAUUUCACAUCUAAGUUUUCUUGAAGGAAAAGAUGUUUUGUGAACAUUUUAUUUCUUUAACGUGAAUUUGGACUAACGGCUUUGACUAGGAGACCUCCAACAAUCAGAGCAGGUUCUCUUCAGUCAAAUAAGAAAUCUUCAAAUGCAUGAUGUGUGGAAAGCAAUUAUGCACAAAUGUUAAACUCAAAUUAUUUUACUAUUUUACAGCUCUUUUCAGCAUAUGUGCAGCUGUACUAAUCUUAUAAUUAUUUUGGUGCUUUAAAAGUAACAUAAAUUGGAUUCAUCUUUUGUAACCUUUUUUCUGACUAUUGCAGUGUCAUUGUGUUUUUUGUUUUUUUUUUAAUCUUUUUUUCUCGCCCUAAUGACGUCAUUUUGUGUUUGUACAUAGUUAAUUGCAUUACCAUUUACCCCAACUAAAAGCCAAGUCUUGAAGUCACAUGAUGGUAAUGGGCUCUGCACACCCUAAUUUUGCUGAAGACUUAUACGUUUAAAAACAGACGUGUACUGCUUGUUCGUGUUGCUUUACUGUUUGAGUUUUCACUUGAAUUAGAUCCUAUUUUUAUACUAAAAACGUGUACAUAAGACUAUAUCUGAUGACGUUUUAUUCAGAAAUAGCACGGUUUGAAAGCGUAAACAGAAUCAAGGUGAAACAGGGCGAUCCGAAAAUAUCCACAAAUCUGAACCCUGCUGGGGACAUUCCUUUGGUCUGAACCAUCAAAACUUUUGCUUCCAGCUGUUCAUUCUUUGGCAACUGAACCGAAUCCUUUUGAUCUGAACCGAAGACGGCUUUGGACUGUUUCGGCUUACAACGUUUUGUGACCGAUAAAAACUUGACUCCGUCGUCUCUGCCUAUAGUUUUAACGACAAGGAGAUAUCUUAUAAAUGUUUAGCUACGAUAUAGUGUAGAUCAUACGUUGAAAUAGCGUGUCUUUUAAUACUGUUUCCUCAGGUCGCACAUCAGAAUACAAAUAGAGAUAAUAUAUGCACAGAGAUUUUUAUCAAUAUCAAAUGCUCCUCAGCAGCCUCAACUGUAAAAUGUUUUGUCUUUUAAUUUUUUUUUGUUCGUUUUGACAGAUUGAAUCUCUGUUUGCUAUCAGAGAGUCUAAAUGCACUCAUAAUUAGCCAUCACGUCAUAUGCUAUCAGAGUAUAGAUGAUGCAGUAAUGUACAUUUUUGAACAGGUUGCUUUCCAAGCUUGUUUCUGUCUGACUUUCUCUCUCCAGACUUGCUGCUAUAUUGUACAAACUCAAACAUGAGCUCUGCCACGGAUAGAUUACUAACCUCCAAGCUGCCUCUAACUUACUCACUUAGAGUUGAAACCAGAUAUUUCCAUAAACCUUCAGUUUUUAAUUUUUUUUUUUAGUUUUUUUUUUUUUCCUUGUUUUGACAUUCCAUCAAACUAAUUUUGCCAAACUAAACUUUUCUGUUUUAGGCCAGUUAAGUUUACUCAAAAUUAUUUCUGCUUGCUAAAUCCCAGAAUAAUUAUUAAAAUUCUGAACUUUGCAUACAUUUUGGUAUUUGAUAGUCGCCUUUAAAACUGUAUGAAUUUUUAUAUUUACCCACAAACUUUCUAUCGGAGUGAGAUCAGUGCUUUUUGAUGGCCACCGUAAUAAAAGUAUCUUUUUACAUUUAUUUUGUGGGUAUGCUGAGAUUCUCAUUGUCCAUAUUUACUUCAGCAUCUCCAUAGAAUGUUUUUAUAUUCUCAUUAUGUCAUCUUUUCUGUUAAGCGCACCAGACUCUCCUGAAGCAAAACAGGAGAUGAUACUGCCAACGCUGUGCUUCACAGUCGGGAUGGUGUACUCGUCCCACGUUUGCCUCCAAACGUAGCAAUGAUCAUUAUGGUCAAACAUUUCAAUGUUUGCGUCAACAGAUCAACUUGUCAGCUAGCAUCUUUCAUACCAAAACACGUGCAUCUCUGGGAAAUACGUACCUGGACCAUCUUGGCCGGACAUCCCCAUGUUGUUUAUGCCGUCAUAUAAUUAUUUAAGCAGACACAAGGAUUUACAAGAUAUGUUGGCAAUCACAAUCUUUAGCCUAUUUUUUAUUAUUAUUAUUUUUUUAAUCAUAGAAUGAUGUCACACAAGGAAGAGGUGUCUUCUCCCAGUGGCAUAGAGGCGAAGAAAACUGUUUGGAUUUCAAGAAACAAAUACUUUUCUCAAAUAAAAAGAUCUUGCUUGUGAUUCUAGCGUUAAGCAAACGGAAAUAAUGUUUGUAAUCUUGUCUGAUUUACAACAGAAAAAAACUGACUUAAUGUCAAACAGAGGAAAACAUUUUUUUUCUCAGAGUAUGUACAUAUCUGGCUUCAACUGCAUAUCUUGUCUCAGAUUGCAAAGAAUUCACCCAAUGCAGCUCAGUUUUUCACCUUGCAGGUCAUGCUUGGUGAUCAACAACAUGUGCCUUAGUCUCUCUGUGUGUGUGUGUGUGUGUGUGGGUGUGUGUGUGUGUGUGUGUGUGUGUGUGUGUGUGUGUGUGUGUGUGUGUGUGUGUGUGUGUGUGUGUGUGUGUGUGUGUGUGUGUGUACACGCCAACAUCGAAGACUCACGUGACUGAAAAAUUGUAAACCAUUGACCUGUUCAUGUGACCUAACAGAAAGCUAGAGUGGUGCGUCAUGUGAUCAGAUGUUUCAACAGAAAUCGAUCGGCUGUCAAUGAAAAUGAAGGAUUUGCUCAAAAGGGGUUUUAAAAGCGAAACUGAAAAUGAAUGAAACUCUACAAAACGGCCCCAGAGGUGAAGCUGGUUUACCCUUGGGGGCGUUUUGUUUGAUGUAGAAUUGACAAGGGACUUUUUAACUUGUAUCAGGGAUUCUUAGUCUUCCUCUUUGCACUAGCUCAGGAUAUAGAAAGGUACUGUUUCUCCGUCCCUGUCUUUCUCAUUCAAUCUAACACAAGUCUGUGCUGCUCUGCUUUAGAGCACAAUACAGAAGCAGCAAUACAGGAACAUUUUAAUAUUUGCUUUUCUUUUCCAGUAUAGAUUAUUAUUUUCCAGGGGCAGCAGUCAUAGGAAUUAGUUUUUGUUUUUUUGUGACCUUCAACUUGUUUAUUUCUUUAUUUCUGCAGCUCUUGUCUACUUCAGAGACAGAAAGCAUCUUUGGAUGUGUUGUCCGUGUGUUUUGUGGCUCGGAUAAUAAUACUGUAAAUGUUUGAAUGUACCGAAUAUUUAGUCAUGCAUAGUUAGUCCUUUGCAAGAAGGCAAAUUGACAUUGAAUGAAUUAAAAUAAAUAAAUAAAAUGAUUUUGAAAUCCUCUA